AUGGUCAACUCCUGUUGUGGCUCUGUGUGCUCUGACCAGGGCUGUGGCCUAGAGAACUGCUGCCGUCCCAGCUGCUGCCAGACCACCUGCUGCAGGACCACCUGCUGCCGCCCCAGCUGCUGUGUGUCCAGCUGCUGCAGACCGCAGUGCUGCCAGUCUGUGUGCUGCCAGCCCACCUGUUGCAGCCCCAGCUGCUGCCAGACCACCUGCUGCAGGACCACCUGCUGCCGUCCCAGCUGCUGUGUGUCCAGCUGCUUCAGACCCCAGUGCUGCCAGACUACCUGCUGCAGGACCACCUGCUGCCGCCCCAGCUGCUGUGUGUCCAGCUGCUGCAGGCCCCAGUGCUGCCAGUCUGUGUGCUGCCAGCCCACCUGCUGCCGCCCCAGCUGCUGCCGGACCACCUGCUGCAGGACCACCUGCUACCGCCCCAGCUGCUGUGUGUCCACCUGCUGCCGCCCAACCUGCUCUAGUGGCUCUUGCUGCUGAUGCCCUCACCUACACUCACCUGCCUU